AAAACAUUUUUUUUAAUGAUUGGUUCUUGGAGUAUUGUUGUUAUGGCGACUUUGGUAUUGACACUUUGGCACCGUGUGCAGGCGAUAAAAUACGUAGAAUAGUAAUAGUUCUUUCACAACAGGGACUUACCAUUAGAGUCACCAGGACAAGCUAAGGUGACUGGUUCCAACAAGUCCUAACCAACUGAAACCUGUCAAAAUGUGGACACGGAAACGUUCCACGUUAUAUCUAUUCCUCCUGGUUUUGUUUGGCCUAAUCAACCAAAUCACAUUAACGACAACUGAAGAAACAACAACAGAUACAACAACAGAAACUACUGACACGACCACAGAAACUACAUCAGACACGUCCACAGACUCUACAACAUCAGACACCACUACAGAAACUACAUCAGACACGACCACAGAAACUACAACUUCAGAUACGACCACAGAAACUACAUCAGACACGUCCACAGACCCUACAACAUCAGACACAACUUCAGAGAUUACAACAACAGAGUGGACAACAACGGAAACCACUGAAACAACUUCUGAGAGUACAACAACAGAUGUCACAUAUGUACAAGACAACAGUACAGACGAAUACAAUGUAACAGAGACGGAGAGUACAGUCACGUCUGAGGAGACCACAUUGGAGUCUACAACUACUGAGUCGACAUCAUUAGAGACAACAACAUUAAUAGAAACGUCAUCCACUGAUGUAAAUACAGAGUCAACAACUAGUCCUACCACAGAAAGCACUGAGAUUACAACCACAGCUACAGAAUCAACAACAACGGAUUCAACAUCAACUACAGGGCCUGCUGGAACUGACACUACAACUCUACCCACAUCAUCAGAAUCAACAUCAAGCGCUGAUUUAGCUUCAACUACAACUGCAGAGCUCACAACAACUGACUCUACAACAACUGUCCAAUCAACCACAACAACAACUUCUGUGGAAACAACUUCUUUGCCAACAACGACUGACUCAACUAGUUUUUCAACAUCUACAUUAUCAUCAUCUUCAUCAUCUUCAAGUGAUUCAACUACUAUUUUAACAACUACACCCUCAUCAUCAAGUGAAUCAACAACCACUACAACAACUGUAGCAUCAAUAUCAAGUGCUGCUGAUACAUCUACUGAACCAGCAACCACUACAGCUUCUGCACAAUCAAGUGACACAACUAUCCCAUUAACAACUACAUCAUCUAGUGAAUUAACAUCAUCAUCAGCCAGUGAAUUAACAACCACAUCAAAAUCAUCAUCCAGUGAAUCAACUACCUCAUCAAUAUCAUCCUCAUCAGUCAACUCAACAAAUGCAACAUCUGCUGUAGCAGCUUCAAGUGACUCAACAACCACUACAACAACUGUAGCAUCAUCAUCCAGUGAUGCUGCUACAACAUCUGCUUCAGCUGCAUCAACUGAACCAGCAACCACUACAGCUUCUUCUGCACAAACUAGUGACACAACUAUCCCAUUAACAACAACAACAUCAUCUAGUGAAUUAACAUCAUCAUCAGCCAGUGAAUUAACAACCACUUCAACAUCAUCAUCCAGUGAAUCAACUACCUCAUCAAUAUCAUCCUCAUCAGUUGACUCAUCAACUGCAACAUCUGCUGUAGCAGCUUCAAGUGACUCAACAACCACUACAACAACUGUAGCAUCAUCAUCCAGUGCUGUAUCAACUGCUGCAGAAACAUCAACUGCUGCAGAUUCAUCCACUGCUGGUGAAUCUUCUUCAACAGCGUCUGAAGUGUCAAACGGAAACACCACUGUUGAUAGCACAUUAACAACUGUAGGGCAAACUACAGUACAAAGUAAUGCUACAUCAACUUCAGCUGCGACAACUACAAAUGCAUUUACUACAACAACAAUAGCUACUACAGUUCCUUCAACAACCGCACAGAUUUUAAUAGUUGAAAUUCCAAUGAGACUGGCAAUCGACAAGAAUGUAUCAGGUGUUGACUUGAAAAACACCAGCAGCGAAAGUUAUGUGCUUUUGUUCAAUACUGUGGAAGAAGAUAUUUUCGACUUCUGCUACCCCUUAGUGUAUGGAUUGCUAGACGUUAUUGUGACAAAUAUGAGUCAAGGAAGUCUUAUUAUUGACUUCAAGCUAGUGAUCAAUACAACCAACACAACUCAACAAUCUCUUCAGAAUGAUGUAGUCAAAGUAGUCAAUGGUAUCAGUAGCUCAAUUAAAAUUGGAAAUGUGACCUAUGCUGUUUUAACUGAUGCUUGUGCACUAUUGGUCAAUGUGUGUGCACCAUUUCAACAGUGUGUGAACUCAAGCAACCAGUUUAUUUGUCAAAACAUAACAACAUCCACCACUGUAGCACCUACAACUACCACAGGAACAACUCAACCACCUACUACUACACCUAGUGGUAUUUGUACAAGUGGCCAAGGAUACAGCUGGUUGAAGAAGUCAUGUCAGCCCUGUAGUGUAGAUGAAAACAGUUCAAACAAUUUUUGUGUGCUUAAAGGUACAAAUACCAACAAUGUUGACCUACAAGUGACUUUUGACUACAAAUCAACUUCCUGCCAGGUGGAGGAUGAAAUGUCAAGCAAAGGUGGGAGAGCCAUAUUCGCUAAUUUACUAGCUCAGCAGCCAAACAGUCCCCUGUGUGCUAACCUGCCAAACUGUGACAACAUGGUUUUCCAAAUCAAGAAGGAAGAUCUCUGUAAACUGGGCCCUACCUGCAGCAAGUCUGCCAAUUGUACCGAUUUCAUCACUAGAGCAACAGUGAAUUUUUAUAGAGUUCCAGAAUUCACCAAGACAGCAGCUAGUGCUACAAGAAGAUCUAUUGAAGUGUUUGUGGAAACUCUGUCCAAUACAACCAAUCUUAAUGCUAAUCUAACAUCCAAGGUCAAUGUUGUUGCUGUGUUACCUCCAGUCAGCUACAACGUAUCAAUAAUUUCAGCUUCAGAAAAUCGUGUAGCAUAUGUCAAAGCAACCCUGAAUUCUAAUGUUGGAAAUUUGAAAGAUUUACUGAAAGCCAAUGCUCUCACAGAAAUUGGCCAGUUAACUGACAGCUAUUUGUAUCCAAAUGUAGAAUCGAGUUCAGUGUCUAAUUCGCAGACAUCAUUCACUGCAAGUUUCAUAUUUAAAGUGGCAAUUAAUGAUGAAAUCAUCAAUGAUAUCGCUGAAGCCUUCGCUACAUCCCAUGAACUGUUUGGUGGUAGCUUUGGUGACUCUUCUAUUCCCUUUACUGGCACAGUUGCUAUUUUUAGAUCCCAGGCUGACAUGACAAGUGGCAAAUCAGCUCUCAAGUGGUGUAAAUAUCUUGUAGAUCUUCAGAAUAGUUUUAGCUUUGUCAUUUGUGACUUAGCAAAAACCUGCAAUGACACAGCCCUGUUUUUUGAAUGUGUUUCAACUGAAGAUCCAUUGAAAAAACAAAAAGAUCUAUAUCCUUAUGGGCCAAGUAAUGGAGACAGCCAAAUCAAUACAUUUAACUAUUGGUGGUGGUGGUGGGGCAUAUCAAGCGGACCAGUCUACUUCCCAUCUGGGGCUCCGUUUGGGGACAGAAAAAUAAAAGUAGCAAAUGUUCAAAGUAAUGGUAUGAUUAGAUUUGGACUUGGUUACGACUUGUGGUGGCCAUAUUUGUACUAUAGUGAAGAUUAUCAGGAAGGUAUUCUAGCUCCAUACUGGUCCUACUUAAACUACUAUACAAACAAAGGAAUUACUUAUUAUCAGCUCUACGAGACAGCAGUGGUUGGAGAUACUCACAAAGUGAUUACAACCGCAACCAGCGAUAUCCAAGACUUUUUCAAGCUGUCAUCAUUCAAAGUAACUUAUGUCUUGGUAGCUACUUGGGUGAAUGCUGAGCCUUAUAGAUGGUACAGCUGGGUAUGUGACUACUACCAAUGGUACUAUCAAGAAUGGUGGUUUAUUCAGUGGUACCUACCAUACUACAAUGAUUACUGUAAGCUUCGCAAUGAAUCUGCAACAUUCCAAGCUGUAUAUGUCACUGAUGGAGAAACAAGUUAUACUAUAGUUACAUACUUGAAAGGGAAGAUGAAUUGGCAAUAUGAUCCAUGGAUGCCCAUAGUUGUGGGUUAUGCAAAUUCUGAAAAGAUUAGAGACUUUGGCGUCACUUACACUGAUCUCACCACCAAAAUGGAUACAUUGACUUGGAACACAGGGCGUUACGGAACAUGGAUUGAACAAGUUGGCAAGAUUGAAAAUCCUGACAGCAAAUGUCUUAAAUUUUACCAAGCAAAUAAAAAAUUGAUUACAGACAAAACUCAUCAGAGUAGAAUUGAUCAAUUGUACAAAUGUCCCUGCAGUCUGGAUAGAGUAGGUGCACAAUGGUGGGGAUAUUCUUGGAAGUAUUUGGGUUAUGGAAAUAGCUUUAUGUACUGCCUUGCGAUUGGUCAGACUGCUAAAAAUAGACUUCUUGCCGGUAACCCACUCAAUAAGCUCUGCUGCUACAGAUACACCUAUCCUACUUACUGGUGGGAUUGGUUGGCUUGGGACUAUGCCUGGAGAAGUUCUCCAUAUGUAGAUCACAGAAACCCAGAUGGAAGCCAUUUGCUGUUGAAUGACCCUUGGUGGUGGUGGGGCCAAAAUGACUAUAGAAAGUCCAGAGAAGAAGAUUUUUCCCCCCACAGAUGGUGCUGUGUUGAUUCAAGUUCUCCAUCAAAAUUUUGUAAGCUGUUCAAUGAAGUUAGACCUGAUCUGGGAUGUUCCUUGAGAGCUGAGUUUAUUUCAGGAAGUGCACUUGGAGAUCCCCAUAUAAACACACUAGAUGGCAAAGGUUACUCAAUGAAUGGACUGGGAGAGUUUAUACUUCUGCUCAUCAAGGAAAUAAGCUUUACACUUCAAGCUCGCACCAAACAAGCUCUGUCUGCUGCUGGUAAUGCAACCAAAGCCACUGUGUUCUCAGCUUUUGCAGCUCAAGAGGGAGACAAUGCCACAUUCCAAGUGGAACUUAAUGCUGAGGGGGAUGGAAUGAUAAUUACCUCAUGUGGAGCAGAUCUUACAAAAGACUUUUAUGAUGAUGAACGCUAUAAUGGGUCCAAUCUAGUUACAGAAGUCUCUAUCUCUAGAAAAGAAGGUAGCAAUAAAACUUCUGUUGUAGCAGGAUUUCCUUCUGGUGUUUCAAUUGAAGUUUAUGUUGUACAAAACUACAUGGAAUUCUCUAUCAAUGUUCCAACAAGUUAUAAAGAAAAAACGUCUGGACUUUUGGGAAAUUAUAACGGCAACCCUGAUGAUGAUUUUGUUCUUCCAAAUGGAACCAUUCUCAGCAAUUCAAGCACGGAGAGGCAGAUUUUUGAGCAGUUUGCUAGGAGAUGGAUAGUCACUACCACUAACACAGUGUUUAAGUACAAGGAGGGAGAAAAUGCAACAACUUAUCAAAAUUUCAAUUUUGAGCCAUUAUAUCUAGAGGAGGCAAAUCAAACUCUUGUCAAACAGGCAGAAGUGAUAUGUAAGGAUAAUGUAGCUUGUAUAUUUGACUAUGUUGCUACUGGAAAUAGAGAUUUUGCAACUGCUACUCUUACUUCCAGCACACAAGCUGUAACUGCUGCCAGCAGUCAAUCUAACAGCUUGCCAGUACUGAGCCUAACUACCUCACUGAACAGUGAUAACAGACUGCAAGUCUAUGAAGGCAAAGCAAUCAACAUUGCAUUUUCUGCUACUGAUAAUGAUACUAAAGAUGUCAUCACAUUUCAACUGGUUAGCAAUGCCUCAGCAAGUUACUCUAUCAAUAAUAUUACAGGGGAAGUAACUUACACUCCCAGUGCAUCAGAACCAGUUCUCAUUGGAGUUCAAGCUAAAGAUUCAAAGGGAGGACUAUCAUCCAUAGUUUAUAUCAGCUUAGUUGUCUGCCCUACAUGUAGCAGUAAUGGAACUUGUAAUUUAAAUAAAACACGUGACAAAGAAUAUCAGGGUGGAAAAUUUCUCCUCAAUCUCUGCGAUUGCUGGCCUGCCUAUAACGGUGAUGACUGUGAAAAAGAAGUAAAUGGUUGCUUGUCAGCAUCUUGUGCCAAAGGACAAGAUUGUAUAGAUCUUACACCUGCUCAGCAAGGAAAUAAUACCAAAGGAUACAGAUGUGGAGAUUGUCCUACAGGAUAUGAAGAAAGAAACUCCACUUGUACAGAUAUAAAUGAGUGCGCUAAUAAGACUGCCUACUGCAAGGCUAAUGAACUUUGUGAAAACUCUGUUGGUUCUUACAGUUGCUACUGUGACAUGGGCUACAGAAAAAAUGCAUUGGAUGUAUGCACUGAUAUCAAUGAAUGUGCUGAGAGAACUCACAAGUGUCAACAGAUCUGCAAUAACAUUGAUGGCAGCUACAACUGUUCUUGUUAUGAUGGAAAUACUUUAAACAGUGAUAACAAAACUUGCACCAAAGGAAGUACCCCAUGCAACUGUAGUGACAUCUGUAAAACUGACGGCACAUGUGCUUGUUUAUCCGGCUAUGAAUUAGAUUCAACCAAAUUGAAAUGCCAAGAUGUUGAUGAGUGUAACAAUGGCAACAAGCCUUGCAGUCAACUGUGUCAAAAUACGAUUGGGGGAUUCAAGUGUUCUUGCUUCAAUGGAUUCAAACUUGAUGCUGAUGGUGUCUCAUGUAAAAAAUGCAGUAACCCUUACUAUGGCAAAGACUGUGCAAGUCAGUGCGUGUGUAAUGGCCUUGGUACUUGUGAUAAUGUCAAAGGUUGUAUAUGCAAUAAAGGUUGGACUGGUACUAACUGUAACAACGAUGUGGAUGAAUGCACGACAACGCUAGAUGCAUGCCCCGGUGGUCAAAUUUGUAUUAACACCAUUGGAUCCUAUACAUGCAAUUGUCCGUCCGGUUAUAGUAAAGUUAAUGGAACUUGCAUAGAUAUUGAUGAAUGCGCUGAUGUUCUCACUCACAACUGUAGCCUAAGUGUGGAAGAUUGUAUCAACAACAAGGGUGGCUUCUCUUGCGUCUGUAGAAGUGGUUAUGCAAGAAAUGCUCAAAACAUUUGUGAAGACAUUGAUGAAUGUGCCAAACAUACAGACAACUGUGAACAACGAUGUGAAAAUAUUCCUGGCAAGUUUAACUGCUAUUGUCGCUAUGGUUACAGACUUAAAGCAGACAGAGCCAGCUGUGUUGAAGAAAAGGAUGUGUGUAAGUCAGUCGGGUCUACUUUGAACUGUUCUCAGUCAUGUACUGUAGACUGGACCACUAAUGUUGCCUCCUGUUUCUGUAAGAUUGGCUAUGAUCUGGUAGGAACAGAGCAGUGUGUUGAUCAAGAUGAGUGUAAAUUUAACAACUUAUGUUCCUACAAAGCUGGCUGUAUAAACACGCCAGGUAGUUUCAACUGUUCUUGCCCUGCUGGUCAGAUUUUGGACAAUGAUGGACGCUCUUGUGUUGCCUGUGGAUCAGGGAAAUGGGGCAUCAACUGUGCUAAUGAUUGUGCCUGCAGUAGUUUUGGUUCUUCAAGCUGUGAUGCUAAGAUUGGUUGCAUCUGUAAAGCUGGUUUGACAGGCCAAUACUGUGAUAAAGAUGUAGAUGAGUGCACAUCUGGCUUGCUGAAAUGCACUUCAACAGAGAAUUGUGUGAAUACAUAUGGCAGUGCACUGUGUCAGUGUAUAGAUGGCUACACUAGAGUUGGUGAUGGAUGUCAGGACAUCAAUGAAUGUGCCUUUGCUACAACAAAUAACUGUGAUCAGCUUUGUGAAAAUUUUGUUGGAGGCUAUGUUUGUAAAUGUAACUUGGGGUAUACAUACAAUACUACACAGAAAAAAUGUGUUGAUAUUAAUGAAUGUGAAAGGAAAAUGGAUGGGUGUCAACAAGGCUGUGAAAACUCUGAAGGUGGUUACAGGUGCACAUGUCCUGCUGGUUUGAAAUUAAAACUUGACGGGAAGACUUGUGAGGUCGACCAAGCAUGUAAUGCUAACAAUAGUUGUGAGGAGCAAGAUCAUUGCUACAAAAAUAGCACAGGGGGAGAAGUUUGUUACUGUAAAGUUGGUGAAGUACUGAAUCCAAACAACCCAUUGGAAUGCUUAGAUGUUGACUUAUGCAACGGCUCUGCCUGUACUGAUUACUGCACUGAAACUAAGGAUAACACAAGUUUUGCCUGCUCUUGUCCAAAUGGUAAAAAACUUGAAGCUGAUGGAGUCACUUGCACUGCUUGUGUUCAGGGUUUGUAUGGUGCCAACUGUUCAAGCAAAUGUUUGUGUAAUCCUGCAACAACAAGUUCUUGUGAUAAGGAAACUGGAACUUGCACUUGUAAAUCAGGAUAUACUGGCACCUACUGUGCAGAGGAUAUCAAUGAGUGUAACUCUGAACCCUGUAUAAGUACUCAUAAUUCAAGUUGUGAAAACUUACCUGGGAGCUAUGUCUGCAAAUGUGAUGCUGGAUUUUUCAAAGAUGGCUCAGUCUGUAAUGCUUGUCCUGAUGGUUGGUAUGGUGUCAAUUGUAAUAGUCAGUGUACAUGCGAUAAGACCCACAGCACUUGUGAUGCUGCAACAGGCUUAUGUAACUGUUUCCCUGGAUGGAUUGGAACAAAAUGUGACACAGACAGUGACGAGUGUACUUUGGCUAGCAAUAACUGUACACUAGCAAACAAACCUCACUGGGUUUGUUUCAACACCCCUGGAAGCUAUGAUUGUGAUUGUGCCACUGGAUAUAAGAAUAAUGACGGCAGCUGUACAGACCUUGAUGAAUGUGCUGCUGCUUCAACCAACAAAUGUUCUCAGAACUGUACCAACACAGAUGGUAGCUUUAUAUGCUCUUGUAGAUCAGGCUAUACACUUGGAGCUGAUGGUCUGACAUGUAAAGAUGUGGAUGAAUGUUUGCUAAAGACUUCAACAUGUACCCAAGUUUGUACAAACAAAGAGGGUGGCUUUACUUGCUCAUGUAACACUGGAUAUGAUGUGCUAGAAACAGAUUCAAAUAAAUGUUACAAGUCUGAUAAAUAUUCUAUGUCGUUUAAGUUAAAAACUUUUGAUGUUUCAAAUAUAAAUAUAAAUGAACCACAAAGUGAAGACUAUAAGAAACUUAAAGCACAAAUUGAAGCUGAGCUACUGAGAUGGUUCAGAUUUAUCAUAGGCGUAACAAGAUGCAUCGUUGAUCGAUUGAGCUCUGGCAGUUUAAUUGUUGACUUUACUUUGAUUGUGGACGCUGAUGUGAAUCCAAACUCCAAUACAGCUGUGGUGGAUGUUAUAGUAAACAUAGCUUCCAACUUUACUAUUGGCAAUCAGACGUACUCUGCAGUUUUCACAAUUAAUGGCCAAACAGUGGAUGCUACCACAGACAAGUGCUUUAUUCUGAAUUUAACCAAACCAUGUGCUAGUAAUGAGAAAUGUGAAAUCAGUAGUACCAAUGGUAGUGCAAUUUGUGUAGCACAAAAUGUAGCAUCAAAAAGUGAUGACAUCCCUCUGAUUGUUGGCCUGUCUGUUGGACUGCCACUAUUUGCUGCUCUUGUUGUGGCCAUCAUAUUGAUCAUUUGGUAUAAGAAGAAAUACACUCAACAGAGAAGAGUCUCAAGCAGAGAAGGUCAUUAUGAAAAUGAAGACCGUCCCGACUCAAGAGCCAGCCAUUCUUAUUUUGCAGUGGCUCCUGUAGCUACUGACUCCAAGCAAGGAGGAAAGAAGGAAGAUAAACAAAACCUCUUCCCAUAACUUUGUUUCUAGAACAUUUCUAUGAACUGUUGCAGUAUUAAUAGCUCUUGUUAUUUCUAGGUCUUCAAACUAAGAAAUCUUUUUAUUGAGUCCAAUUUUUUUUUUUCAUAAAAA